AGCCGCAGCAGCCUCAGCAGCAGCAGCAGCCGCCGCCGCAGCCGCCGCAGCCGCAGCAGCAGCAGCAGCCACCACUGCACCAGGCUCCUCUGCAGAUGGAUGCCAGAGAGAAGCAGGGACAGCAGAUGAGAGAAACCCAGUUCUUAUAUGCCCAGAAGCUGGUCACACAGACUCUUCUUUCUACCACACCUGGGAGGCCUUCUGGCAGUCCUGCCCUGGGUCCCUUAGCCAGAGUUCCUCUGGCCACAGCAGUGACCCGAGUUUUUGAACGGAGCAACAUGAACUCAGAGCCUGAGGAAGAGGAAGGAGGUUUGGAAGAUGAGGAUGGGGAUGAUGACAUUGCAGAGGUGGCUGAGAAAGAGGUCCGGGAUGCUGCAAAAUAUUUUCAUGUGCAGAAAGUGGCUCACCAAGACCCCAGAGUGGCACCCAUAUCUGGUCUCCUUCCAGCACCAGGGCUCCCACCACAGGGACAGCAAGCUCAAGAAGACCAUACCAAAGAUGCUGCCAAGGCCCCACCUUCAGUUUCUGCAGCUGGGCAGGCAGGCUGGAAUCUGGAUGAGCAGCUCAAGCAGAAUGGUGGUUUGGCCUGGAGUGAUGAUGCAGAUGGAGGCCGGGGAAGAGAGAUCUCUCGAGAUUUUGCCAAGCUGUAUGAACUAGACGGUGAUCCGGAAAGAAAAGAGUUCUUGGAUGACCUCUUCAUUUUUAUGCAGAAGAGGGGAACCCCCAUCAACCGAAUCCCCAUCAUGGCCAAGCAGAUCCUUGACCUGUAUAUGCUGUAUAAGCUGGUGACAGAGAAGGGAGGCCUGGUAGAAAUCAUCAACAAGAAGAUCUGGAGAGAGAUCACCAAAGGCCUGAACCUGCCCACAUCCAUCACCAGUGCCGCCUUCACCCUGAGGACCCAGUACAUGAAGUACCUCUAUGCCUAUGAGUGUGAGAAGAAAGCCUUGAGCUCCCCAGCCGAGCUCCAGGCAGCCAUCGAUGGCAACCGGCGGGAGGGCCGGCGGCCCAGCUACAGCUCCUCCCUCUUUGGCUAUUCACCAGCUGCUGCCGCCGCUGCUGCCACUGGGGCCCCUGCCCUUCUCUCCCCACCCAAGAUCCGCUUCCCCAUCCUUGGGCUGGGCUCCAGCAGUGGCACCAGUACCAGCAGCCCUCGGAUAUCCUCAGCAACCACUCUCAGGAAAGGUGAUGGAGUCCCGGUGACAACAGUGCCUGUGCCAAAUCGGCUGGCUGUGCCCGUGACCUUGGCAGGCCAGCAGGCCGGCACCCGGUCAGCCACACUGGAACAGCUGCGGGAACGACUGGAGUCUGGGGAGCCACCUGAGAAGAAGGCAUCCAGGCUGUCAGAGGAGGAGCAACGCCUGGUACAGCAGGCCUUCCAGCGCAACUUUUUCAGCAUGGCGCGGCAGCUGCCCAUGAAGAUUCGGGUCAACGGCAGGGCAGAAGACAGAUCAGAGGCCUCAGCCACAGCGCUGAACCUGACCACAGGCAGCAUCGGGAGCAUUAACAUGUCUGUGGACAUCGAUGGCACCACCUAUGCAGGUGUGCUGUUUGCCCAGAAACCUGUGGUCCACCUCAUCGCAGGAUCUGCUCCCCAGAGCAUCGGCAGCAGCGCCAGCAGCAGCAGCAGCAGCUCUCACUGUUCACCAAGUCCUACCUCAUCCCGGGGCACCCCCAGUGCAGAGCCCUCUACCAGUUGGUCCCUUUGAGGGGCAGGACCCAGCUUCCCAUGCCCCACUCUCCUAUUGAGAGAGAAGAAAGUUAAUGCACAGAAUUUACCUCAUCUCGCGGAGCCCACGUCAAACACCAUUUGGCCAGAUGUUGAGAGUUUGGACAUGUCUGCCUGUCCAGGCUCCAUUCAGGUCCUGCUGUAUUCUGGGGACAGGGAGAGGCUGGAGGGGCAGGACAGGGCAGUGUUGUCCAAUCAGGGUUUGUCCUGGAGAACUGGGCAGGGUCUGUUUGCGGCCAGCUUCCUCCAGGGUUCCCAGGCCACCUCCCAUCCUGGGCACUGUCUAUCGACAAUCUGUAAGCCGACUCAGGGCUGGAGGCCCUCCAUAUCCCUUCCCCUUUAAUUUAUUUUCCUUCCUCUGCCUUCCACCAUGACCCUAGGGUCACUGGUCUCUUCCCCACUUCAGUCUCCCUAGCUAACUCUUAUGUGGGGCUGCUAGGAGCCAAGAGCAUGCCUCGUGGCCCUUCUCUGGUGAGCAUGAGAUGGCACCCUCCCAGCCCACCUUGCCUACUAUGUUUGGUUUCUGGGGUGUGGGUCCCUCAAAUUCAAGUCAUGCAGUCUUCAGGGCCCCUUAUGCCCCUUGUGGUGGUCCCAAGAAAGGGCACAUGAGGGCAGUUCACAGGUCCUAGGGCCUACUGGGCAUCUGCUGAGGGAGAGGCAGAGCCUCAGGGAGCUGCCCAGGCAGGCCCUGGCACCAUUUCACACUGCCCUUUUCUGAUCCUCCCAGACCUCAUGCUGCCCAUUUGCCCUUGUUGGCCAGCUCUCCCAAAACAGCCCACUUGUCCCUUGGGCCCCCCUUCUUCUCAUGGGGUCAUCUCAGCCCCAACAUCCCCAAGCCUGCCGAUGUCAGGUUCAUUGAAAUACCUCAGAUUUAUAAUUGUUGAUGUUUGAUUCUUCAGGAAGUAUUUGCAGCUCUGAAAUUUUUUAUAUGUGUUUUACUGACUUUUGUUUUUUUUAUUUUAAAAUUUUUAUUGCUAUUGUAGCACCAAAGAAAUGAAAGCAGAUCACCCCAAAGCCAAGCAAAUGAUUUGGUAUCUUAGCCCCUCUGGUCCUUCCCUGAGAGCCCAGCAAGGAGGCGAGGAGGCAGGCAGGAGAGAGAACUCAGGGAUCACAGUGGCGGGGAGUGGUGGAACGGAAAGGCCCAGUCUCUCACAGGUUGGGUUCUGAAACCAUACCAGUUCUGAAGAUGGUUUUUGACUCAUUUCCUACCAGAGCAGGGCUAGUCCUACCCCCUACUCCCGACUCACCAGUCGGGGCAGGACAUCUUGUCUCCCCUUCACUCAACACUCCCACCUUAAGAUGGGCAGGAUGUGGGCCUUACAAGGUCAUGCUGCCCCAGAGGAUGAGGAGAUGCUAGAAAAGAGCACCAUCUCUCCUCUUGGACUUGGGUGGAGCAGGCUGCUCCUGUGUUGUAAAACAAGGCUCACCUGUCAGUCGAGUAGGCCCUGCAGUGUUCGAUAGAACACUACCCACUGUGACAUUGUCGGGCUGUGGUGGGAGACCACAGCAGCACGAGCUCAUGCCUGGCUAACAUUCAGUCCUGUCUAGGAAAGAGAAAUCAAGAGCUUGAGCACAAAACAGAUACCUCAGCCCGGUAAGCUGAAGCUUUGUUGUACUGUGUCUUUUCUGUCCCCUCCCCUAGCCCUCCACCCACACUCACACAGCCUCAUCCUCCGGGGCUGACCCUUUUCUGGCCUCAGAAGCCUUCCCACCUUACCUACCAGGCAAGCGCAGGGUGUGGGCAGAGAAGGGCAUCUGGGAUCUGGUGCCAGGGAGGAGCCCAGUUGGCUGGCACUGGGCCUACUUGAAGGUGUCACAUUUUGCCAGUGUGUUUUUCUCAGGGGUUUGGUCACGAAGGAUGGACUUUUCCCACCCAGAGGACACAGGGACAGUAUUCUGUGUCUUUCUGGUCAUUGUAUCCUCCCCCUUUCUCUAGGCAGCUUGCCCAACUUCCCCCUCUUAGCAAACCCUCCUUGCCCUCAGGACAAUAGCAGGGUCUCAGCCUGAAACCUUGAGAUUGGGGGUGCCAGCAGAUGCCUCUAGGAAUAGGGCCGUGGGCCAAGAGGAGCUUUCUCUGAAAGUGCAGUCCUGAAGGCCGCGUGCAGGCAGUCGGCCAGGGCAACUCUGCCCCCUUACCCUCCCCAUCUAUAUGUAUUCUAACCAGGAAAAACAUGAUAGCACAUGGGUAGCCUAGGCAGUGGAGAAAUACCUCAGAUGUCCUCUUGCAGCAAGUGUCUGUAUAUGUCGUGGUUAUUUUCUAUCUUACAUGUUCUUGAAUGUUUAUAUUUCAAUAAACCUCUACCUCUUCACACAA